CACUUUCACUUUGCUUGCAACGUCACAUUAAAAACGUUCUAAAUAAAAAUGUGGAUAACUCGCCGAUCUUAAUUGGUUCAAGUUUUCCCCGAUUUCUGAGGUCGCCGAAAUGACUGCCGAUCGCAUUAUCCUGCUGCAGUUCAGCAUGCACUGUUUCAAGAUCAUCUUCAUCUACUGCAUCUGUGUGAAUGUCCUGGAGCAUCUCGUUCAGCAGGUCCAGGAAAACUGAGCGGAAAAUGCUGGGGGCUUGAAAACGGGAAGAAUAAAAAUCAAGCGGCGAUUACUUCAUAAAUAUAUUAUUUUUUCUUUGGCUUGUGGCAUUUAAUAAGUCGAUUUUUCUGGGGUACAUUUAUCCUUUCCCGAUAAUAUUUAAUUUUUAUGACCAUUGCAAUACCAUCUUAAAGUGUUGCAAAUUAUCUACAGAAAUUCUCCUGCCAAUAUAUUUCAAAUGUUUUUCAUCAGGCAUAAAUUAU